AUGACAUUUGGAUCCAUCCAAAUACCCGCGUUCCUAGCCAAAAAUGUUUACAACUUGUACAGUGACCGAUUUUGUGCGGCACCGCUAGAUACGAGGGAGGAAGGAUGGACCGAGGCCUGGGGAUCCAAAGAAGUGCAAGAUAGUAGUUCUUCCAAGCACUGGCAAUACGAUGAGAAAUCGAUUGAAUUAAUGUUGGCAACGCCGUAUCCACAAAUCCCGUUGGUGCUGACGCAGUUUCGGCCUGCUUUUUUGGAGCAGUUGGCUCUACGAAUAGCUGGUAUUCCGCACAUUGUGCUAAAUGCACCCUACAUUUCCAAUGAAGCAACCGGUCCUCUGCCGUAUUUGAGAGACUUGAAUGCGGAUUCUCCAGCACUGGUAGGAAGACAUCACCCUUCCAACAUUGCUCCAUUCAAAUCAAAAGGCUACAAUUCCAUUCUAGACUAUCUGAAAUCCAGCAAAAGUUUGAAUUUGGAUUCCGCGCUGCAAACGGAUUCUCAAAAGGUUAUGUCGCAGUGUCUAUUGCACCUGAUUGAUUCCGAACUCCAGCAAAUACUACUUUUCUUAAGGUACGAAGACCAUGAUGCUUGGGAACAAGUUUACAGAGGACGGUAUCUACAAGCAUCCAGACAACGUCAUUCCUGGAUAUCGGAUUUGAAAGGACGAUUUCAGGCCAUGCUGGAACGCGCCGCAGCUCGCCGAAAAGGGCUGGAAUUUUACCAAACGCUUUCUGUCAAACGGGCCAUUGAUAUUGCUAAGGAAGCGUAUGGUACAUUAGAAAAGCAAUUGGCAAGCCAUUCAAAACCAUACCUUUUGGGUACCGACAAACCAUGCAUGGUGGACAUUGUCUUGUGGGCCCACUUAAGCGAGGCUCUUUGUGAUAUACAUUUGGUUGUGGUCCUUUCUUCCUUUCCAAAGUUGGUGGAAUUUUUUCAGCGCAUGUACAAAACAUAUUUUACUGGCAAGUUGGGAGCCUGGGACGCUUGGAAUGUGGAACAAAACCUAACGAAUGCCUUUCAGCAAAUACCCAUCAACGGGGCGGCCACUGGUAACAACAAGUCCAUAGCAGAUAUGGGUGCCUACAAGGAUGCAAUUGAACUGAUGCAAUCACUAUCCAUGCAAAAGCAAGAUUUGCAAGAAGUCUUGGAUGCCGUCAAGGCAAAGAGAAGCGAGGACGUUGUACCAGAACCUUCCGCUCCGACGGAGUCCAUGUUGUACAGGUGGAGAAUGGGAGAGGAACCAAGCAAAUUUGCCGAAGAAGAAAAGGAGGAAGAACCACAUCCCAAUCGGAAAACGAUGAUUCGAGAACAACAACGAAAUGAUGAAAUUUGGAUGAGCGGAGUUGCCGGGGUUUCGAUUCUGGUUGUUCUUGCUUUACAGAGCACUUCUGAAGUGGCCAAGGCCAAAUAA